UACUCCUUGCCUGGCGAGCGCUCGACGCUGACGUCACGUCCGGCGGCGCUCGGUGAACCUGAGCUCGGUUCCGGAGCUCGACUUCCGGCUCGUCGCCCCGGCAACCGGAGGAGAGAGAAGGGAAGAAUUUCCCGCCGCACCGAGCCCGAGGGGGAGGAGUGCGUGACCGCCUCCGUCAUUAUCUGCCGCCAUGGAUGUGCAGGACACCGCAGAAAUGGAGCAGAUGGUGGUCGAGGAGCUGGGUAUCUCCAUGAGUGAGCUCCGUGAGUACAUAGACAAGGAAGUGGAGAAGAUGGAGAUAGUGAAGCAACGAAAGGGCCAGCUGAUGGAGUUGGAGCAGUGGGUGAAGCAGAAGGAGGACGAGGUGGAACGGGUGGACAAGCUAUUUGAUAAUGCUUCAAGGGCUGUGAAUGAUUGUGAAAUCCUUGUGAAAGCACUGUACAGUGAGAUGGGACUGACCUAUAAAGAAAGCAGUUCAGAGGACGAGGGAUCAAACAAGAAACCUGUUGAAGUGAUUGAGAUUCCCGAUGAAGAAGAUGAUGAUGUACUGAGUAUUGCUUCAGCAGGUGACGGUGAUGGUAAGACUCCACGAGAAAAGCAUCUGUUAAAAGAGGCAAUGGCUGCUAUGAAGAGAACCAGACAAGAUGUACAGAACAUCGUUGAAGCCAUCCAGAAAAAAUCUGAUGGACCCCAAGGCAAAGUGUCUUCCCGUCCUUCUUCACCAACUAGCUCAGUAGGUGGUUCCAACCAGACCACCACGCUCAAUGAUAUGAGCAAAGAUGGAGAUCUCGUGGUUGGAAUGCGAAUUCUUGGAAAGAAAAGAACCAAGACCUGGCAUAAAGGGACCCUAAUCUCCAUCCAACUAAUGGGUCCAGGAAAAAAAUUCAAGGUGAAAUUUGAUAAUAAAGGGAAGAGCCUUUUAUCCGGCAACCACAUCGCAUACGACUACCACCCACCUACCGAAAAGCUGUUUGUAGGAAGCAGGGUCGUAGCCAAGUAUAAGGACGGGAACCAAAUGUGGCUAUAUGCUGGAAUUGUGGCAGAACCUCCCAGCAGCAAAAAUAAAAUGAGAUAUCUGAUCUUCUUUGAUGAUGGGUAUGCGUCCUACGUUACACAGACAGAGCUGUAUUCUGUGUGCAGGCCCCUAAACAAGUCGUGGGAGGACAUUGAAGACGUAUCUUGCCGGGACUUUAUUGAGGAGUAUGUCACAGCUUAUCCCAACAGGCCUAUGGUCCUGCUGAAGAGCGGUCAGAUGAUAAAGACAGAGUGGGAGGGAACAUGGUGGAAAUCCAAAGUGGAGGAAGUGGAUGGCAGCUUAGUGAAGAUAUUAUUUCUGGAUGACAAGAGGUGUGAGUGGAUAUACAGAGGCUCCACUCGUCUGGAACCCAUGUUCAGCAUGAAGACGUCCAACGCCACUGCACAAGAGAAAAAACAGUCUGGACAUCAGAGGACGCGGCCUAAUAUGGGUGCGCUUCGUAGCAAAGGACCUGUGGUACAGUACACUCAUGAUCUGACAGUGGAUGAAACGCCAAGCAAAAAUGUUGCCCCAUCCUCACCACAGUCCAUACCAUCACCCCAGCUCAUUGAUACUGAUUCAGACAGUCAGCAGGCUCAGUCAAAGAAGCAAGUUGCCAAGAAAAGUACAUCAUUCCGGCCGGGAUCGGUGAGCUCUGGCCAAUCUUCACCUGUCCUCAGUGAACCUGGUCCACGCCCUACACAGCCCAAUGUGUCUACCCAGCCAAUUCAGCCCAGUCAACCUCCCCAACCUCCCCAACCUCCCCAACCCAACCACACCAUACAAGCCAUCCAGCCUGCUCAAACUCUUCAGGCCAGUCAACCCAUUCACACUCUCCAGCCAAACCAAACCUUUCACAUCUUGCAACCCAACCAAACCUUCCAAACUAUUCAGACUAUGCAAGGCCUCCAGACAAUACAGACUUUUCAGACUGUACAAGGACAGAGGUUCCAGGCCAUUCAGGGUGGACAGACUUUCCAGGCCAUUCAAGGUGGGCAGAUUUUUCAAGCCAUUCCUAGUGGACAAACUUUCCAGGCCGUUCAGAGUGGGCAGACUGUCCAGGUUGUUCGUGGUGGGCAGACUGUCCAGGUCGUUCGUGGUGGGCAAACUGUCCAGGUUGUUCAAGGCGGACAGACUGUUCAGGUUGUUCAGAGCGGACAGACUGUUCAGGUUGUUCAAGGCGGACAGACCAUUCAAGGAGGACAGACUUUACAAGCCAUUCAAGGAGGGCAGGCAAUCCAGUUUGUUCAGAGUGGACAGACCAUCCAACCAAACAGGUUCCUGACCACUGUCCAGCCAGUCCCGAUAUUACCAUCAGAACCCAUGCCUCAGGAGAAGAGCUACAAGGCCCCCAUGGACAAGCUUGUCUACCAUCCUCAUGUUUGCAGUCGCAUGUGCUUGGCUCGUAUUCGUCUUGGCACUUCCAAAGGCAAGAAUCCUCUACUGGUACCGCUGCUGUAUGAUUUUCGACGCAUGACUGCUCGCCGGAGGGUUAACAGAAAGAUGGGCUUCCAUGUCAUCUACAAGACACCAUGCGGUCUAAGUCUGCGUACCAUGCCAGAAAUUGAACGUUACAUCUUUGAGACGAACUGUGACAUGCUCCUCUUGGAAAUGUUUUGUCUUGACCCCUACGUGCUUGUAGACCGCAAAUUCCAACCACAGAAACCAUUUUACUACAUCCCAGAUAUCACAUACGGAAAGGAGGAUGUGCCACUCUCCUGUGUCAACGAAAUAGACAGAACACCCCCUCCUCAGGUGGCCUAUAGCAAGGAGCGGAUUCCAGGCAAAGGGGUCUUUAUUAACACUGGUGCGGAAUUCCUGGUGGGAUGUGACUGCACCGAUGGCUGCAGAGACAGGUCCAAAUGUGCUUGUCACCAACUGACUAUCCAGGCCACAGGCUGCACGCCGGGAGCUCAGAUGAACCACUCCGCUGGGUACUUACACAAGCGUCUGGAUGAGUGCCUUCCCACAGGGGUGUACGAGUGCAACAAGAUGUGUAAAUGCAAUCUGAAUAUGUGUAACAACCGUUUAGUCCAACAUGGACUCCAAGUACGUCUUCAGCUCUUCAAAACCCAAAACAAGGGCUGGGGGAUUCGAUGUCUGGAUGAUAUAGCCAAGGGCUCGUUUGUCUGUAUUUACGCAGGUAAAAUCCUGACUGAUGACUUUGCAGAUAAGGAAGGGCUAGAAAUGGGUGAUGAGUACUUUGCUAAUUUGGACCACAUUGAGAGUGUGGAGAACUACAAAGACGGUUAUGAGAGUGAUGUCAAGUCCCCGUCUGAUAGCAGUGGUGUUGACCUCAGGGAGGACGAAGAGGAGAACAGUGGCAGUGAUGACCAAGAUGAGUCCAAUGACAGCUCAGAUGAUAAUUUUGGUAAGAAUGAAGACAUUACCACUAAUUCUGUGUGGCGAAGUUAUGCCACCCGUAGGCAAACAAGGGGUCAGAAAGAAAAUGGCACAUCAGAGACUGCUUCCAAGGACUCUGCUCUAGCCAGGCAGACCAGUCAAGAGGAGACCAAUGACUGCAAACUGCCUGAGGAGACUUCCAAAAACAAGGUGGCUUCAUGGUUAAGCUCGAACACUAUGGCAGACUCUUUUAUGGACUCAGACAGUAGAUCUUCUUUACGGCUGGGAGAAACACCAGCGACAGAUAAGGGAAAUCCUCCUAGUGUGGAUCCCUCUUCGAAAGUUGCAGUGAAAGAAGAGAAUGUUAAGGCUGAAGAUUCAAACCGGACCGCGGGGGCUGGAGGCAGCACACGGCUGUACGGAUAUAACCCUUCCCCAGCCAAGCCAGAAGGAGUUAGGAGGCCUAUGACCAAAACAUCCAUGCACCAAAUCAGGCGACUGACCAACCAUACCCAACCUCCAGCGAAGGAAAUCCUGACAUUAUCCAGCAGCUCGGAGAGUGAGGCAAACAGUGGCAAGAAACAGGCAGCACAGGCCACGGGCAAUGACAGCGACGAUAUUCAGACCAUCUCCUCGGGCUCAGACGAGGAAGAGGAAAAGAAGAACAUAUCUGCCAAUAUCGGCCCAGUUAAACGACAAGUGGCUGUGAAAUCCACCCGCGGGUUUGCCCUGAAGUCAACUCACGGUAUCACUAUUAAAUCUAAUAUGGCAUCUGUCGAGGGAGGCCUUGGGCGCAGGACAACACGGCAGUUCUAUGAUGGAGAGGAGUCUUGUUACAUUAUUGACGCAAAGCUGGAAGGGAACCUAGGACGAUAUUUGAAUCACAGCUGCAGCCCUAACCUGUUCGUACAGAAUGUGUUUGUGGACACACAUGACCUGCGCUUUCCAUGGGUGGCUUUCUUUGCUAGCAAGAGGAUAAGAGCCGGCACAGAGCUGACCUGGGAUUAUAACUACGAGGUUGGAAGUGUAGAAGGAAAGAAACUGUUAUGCUGCUGUGGAUCUACUGACUGCAGAGGUCGCCUUCUGUAAUGGCAUGCAGCUCAAUUCAUUUGGCUACCUAGUUGAAAGGUUAAAUGCCCCACCUCUCACUCCCUUUUACAGUUUACAGCAGAUUUUUGGGUCUGUACACUACUGUGAGCCCCUCCACUGUAUCUUUUACUUUUUCCGGACCUAUUGCAUAUGACCCCAUCAAGCUACUUUGCAAAGGAUGGAAAAGAAACCGAACUUCUUAGUUGUAGAGUUAUAGGUGUAAUGUUUGAUAUAUGUUUGUCUGUGUUUAAAUAAACUGUAUAAAUCUGUAUGAAAUAAAACCGGUUAAUCCCUGCCAGAGUUGGGCGUUAUAAAAAGA